AUCUCUGAGCUGUGAUUUGAAAUAAGAGCUAAGCGGACAGUUGCCUCCCUACUCCUGACUUUUAAUAGGCUAGGAGAAAAGGUUUAGAAACUUGACAUUGUUUUAGGAAGACUCUCCACAGAAAAAAGAUAAAAGGAAAUGAGAGCGAAAAACUGACCAGCUUGUUUGUACUGGGGAACUUGACGGAUUUGUGUUUUUACUCUGAAACUGCACCGUAAGUUUGGAAGCAGAUUGUUCCCUGCUGGAUGGAUAAUGGAAUUCUAAACAUGAGGCAGAUAGCUGAUCAGCUUCCCUGGAUUUCGCUGACGACACAGGAAAGCUUUGCCUGAAGAUGGAAACACUGGAGUCGGAAUUGACCUGCCCUAUCUGUCUGGAGCUGUUUGAGGACCCACUGCUGCUGCCUUGUGCUCACAGCCUCUGUUUCAAUUGUGCGCAUCGCAUAUUGGUCUCCCACUGUGCCACCAACGAAUCAGUGGAAUCUAUCACCGCCUUCCAGUGCCCUACUUGUCGUUAUGUCAUCACCCUCAGUCAACGUGGUCUAGACGGACUCAAGCGCAACGUCACCCUGCAGAAUAUUAUUGAUAGGUUUCAGAAAGCUUCCGUGAGUGGGCCCAAUUCUCCCAGUGAAACCCGCCGAGAGCGGGCAUUUGAUAGCAACAGCAUGUCAUCCAGCGAAAAAGUUCUCUGCCAGUUCUGCGACCAGGAUCCUGCCCAGGAGGCAGUGAAAACCUGUGUGACUUGUGAGGUGUCCUACUGUGAGGAGUGCUUGAAAGCGACUCACCCAAACAAGAAGCCAUUUACGGGCCACCGUUUAAUCGAGCCUAUUCCAGACUCUCACAUCAGAGGAUUAAUGUGUCUGGAGCAUGAGGAUGAGAAAGUGAACAUGUACUGCGUGACUGAUGACCAGUUAAUCUGUGCCUUGUGUAAACUGGUUGGACGGCAUCGCGAUCAUCAGGUGGCAGCUUUAAGCGAGCGCUAUGACAAACUAAAGCAAAAUUUGGAAAGUAACCUCACGAACCUUAUUAAGAGGAAUACGGAACUAGAAACGCUUCUGGCUAAACUCAUUCAAACCUGCCAGCAUGUGGAAGUAAAUGCAUCACGACAAGAAACAAAACUAAUGGAGGAAUGUGACCAGCUCAUUGAAAUAAUUCAGCAAAGACGUCAGAUCAUUGGAACCAAAAUCAAGGAAGGGAAGGUGGUAAGGUUGAGAAAACUGGCCCAGCAGAUUGCAAACUGUAAACAGUGUAUUGAACGCUCUACAUCUCUCAUCUCUCAGGCUGAGCAGUCGCUAAAGGAGAAUGAUCAUGCUCGCUUCCUGCAGACUGCUAAAAACAUUACUGAAAGGGUUUCCAUGGCUACCGCAUCCUCCCAGGUUCUAAUCCCAGAAAUUAAUCUCAACGAUACUUUUGAUACCUUUGCGCUUGACUUCACCAGGGAGAAGAAGUUGCUGGAAUGCCUUGAUUAUCUUACAGCUCCAAACCCUCCAACCAUUAGGGAAGAGCUCUGUACAGCUUCUUAUGACACAAUCACAGUCCACUGGACAUCGGAUGAUGAGUUCAGUGUGGUCUCGUAUGAGCUUCAGUACACCAUCUUCACUGGGCAAGCUAAUGUAGUUAGUUUAUGUAAUUCAGCCGACAGCUGGAUGAUUGUUCCAAAUAUCAAGCAAAACCACUACACAGUGCAUGGGUUACAGAGUGGCACUAAGUAUAUCUUUGUUGUCAAGGCCAUUAAUCAGGCUGGCAGUCGCAACAGUGAGCCUGGCAAGCUAAAGACAAACAGCCAGCCAUUUAAACUGGAUCCCAAAUCCGCCCACAGAAAGUUGAAGGUAUCCCAUGAUAACCUGACAGUGGAGCGUGAUGAAACCUCUUCCAAAAAGAGCCAUACACCUGAGCGAUUCACUAGCCAAGGGAGCUAUGGCAUAGCUGGCAAUGUAUUUAUCGACAGUGGACGGCAUUAUUGGGAAGUAGUUAUAAGUGGGAGUACAUGGUAUGCCAUUGGCAUUUCUUACAAGUCAGCACCUAAGCAUGAGUGGAUUGGAAAAAAUUCUGCCUCCUGGGUGCUUUGCCGUUGUAAUAAUACCUGGGUGGUGCGACAUAACAGCAAAGAAAUUCCUAUAGAGCCUGCUCCUCACCUCCGUCGUGUUGGGAUUUUGCUGGACUAUGAUAAUGGUUCCCUGGCCUUUUAUGAUGCUUUGAACUCUUUACACCUUUACACUUUUGACAUUACAUUUGGGCAGCCUGUUUGCCCCACAUUCACUGUAUGGAAUAAAUGUUUGACAAUUAUAACGGGGCUGCCUAUCCCAGAUCACUUAGACUCCACAGAGCAGCUUCCAUAACUGCUAAAAGCAAAGAGGUAGGAUGACAAAAUUUUCAGUGGACUGCUAGAAUGCUGCCCAUAGAAGCUUGAUGGGAGCUAUUUGAUUAUAUGGCAUUUAAGAGGUCUCUGAUGAUUCCCAUUUCAGCAGAACUGAAAAUGGGAAACUCUCUUUACUGUGUAUUUUGUAUUAAAGGGCAAGAAAUGGCUUUAAUAAUUUCUCGGAACAUUUUUGUAUUUAGUCUCUUACAGGAAGAUUUAUAAAUUAUUUAUAGAUUUAAAAAAACAACGAAAAAAAGGAAAGCCUGAUUUGGAUAUUCGGAUUACAAUUCAUUGCUUUUGCACAUGAAGGGCCUCAUUCACUAAAGUUUCACUAGCCCUUUCCAUAGUUUUAUUUUAUAGCAGACAAAACAAACAAGAAUUCUGUAUACUAGAAACUGUGCAGAGGACAAAUCCACAUACUACAAGUUUUAAUUGUACUAAUGUAACAUUAAAUUCCAAUAUUCUUGUGUGCAACAUCUUCCGCAACACAGGGAUGUGCAGUCAGAGAAGAAAAAGUAGUAGAAGAAGAAGAAGAAAGAAAAUAAAAAGAGGGCAGUGAAGCUAGCCAGUCCAACAAAACAAGAAACAUUAUUUUUUUUCUAUUUGCCAGUAAGGCAGCAUGUUAAAUCUACUUCUAAAAGAAACGUGGAAUAUUUUCUAUAAAUCCAGUAGAAAAACCAUCUGGUGAUUUAUAUUAUUGAUGAUUCUCUCUACCAAGGCUUAACUUCUAUCUUUAGAAAGCUCUGUAGGAUCAUUGAAGAUAUGCUAGACUGAUAUCAUCCAGAAAAUCAGCAGCACUGGAGUAGAGCAGCCAAUCUAAGGCCUGACUGUAGCUUGGUUUGAUGAUCAGCUGUUCAUUCUAAGUUCCAUUGUAACUGGAAUGGGUCGAUUCUGGUGGUAGAGAUGUGGAUGAGUAUCGUUGAGUUUACAAGUUCACCAUAACCCCCCAAGCCUGUACACCUAAAAUGAGACAGACUCCUUACAUACAACUGAUUGUAAUGUGAAUGCAAGUGUUUUGUUGUCUCACACCAUCCAAAAUCUAUAAACAGGCAACUCAUUUGAUUUACAAACAUUGUAUUGAAAAACACUGUACCGAAGUUCAUCAUAAAAUCAGACAAUGAAACAAAAAUGUGCUUUAUUGUGUGGGGUUGUUUGAGAGGAUGUUCUUUAUGAAUGAGGAGUAAGUGACAAAUUUGCAGCAAUAAAAUUAAUUUGUCUAUUUUACCUUCUAAUUAGCCCUGGUGUUAGUAGGUAGAACCCCACUGGAGUCAGGAGAGGUUGUACCUACUUUGUCCUAAUCUGAACCAUCGUUUCCUUUUCUUUUUAUACAAAGUAUGGCCCUUUAUGCUUCCUACAAUAUUUAUGUGUAAAUGAUCACAUUGGGAGAUUCUUAGAAAUAAUUGAAAUGUAAAAGACAGUAUGAGGUCUUUAAAAGAAUGAUUUUCCUACUGAGAUGAUCAAAAUAGUUUUAUUGCUAAUAUGAAAUGGUGAAAAAUCAUCUUUAUGGAAUACCAGCUUCAAGAAAGCAUUGGCUCAGUAAAUCUAAAUUUUGCUUUGGGUGUCCUUUGGAAAGGACACUUUAAUGCACUUUGUUCACUAAUGGGUCCAAAAUAAAAGGGUCCUAAGCUCAGCUUCAGAGUUGUUAAACAUUGAUUUUCCAGGUACAAAGAUAUGAUAUAGUUUGCCUUAUGAUCAUAUGAAAGAAGCUUAUGAGCAGGGUAAUGAGUACAUGCCUAUAGCUUUUUAAAAAUUAGAAAUUACAUUGCUGGGGGGCUUUUUUUCCCCUUUAGUUUCCUAUUCCUGCCAUAUUUACUGUUGAAUGAAUGGGGAAAAUUUUCCCUCUGGUAAUAAAUUAGCUGGAGCCAUUUCAUUGCUUCUUGCUGUGGCAUCAUUCCACUGUUUACAGAUAAUAGCCACUGAUCUUGUCUAAUUUGACAUGUUUAAGGGAAAAUAUGUACAUACUCUCUGCCACAAUGUUUACUCUAAUGUCUAUGAUGAUAUAGAAAAGGGCCCAGCACAAUUAAAAUAUAUUCUGAAAUAUUGUUUUUGUAAAUCAUUUUCUAAUGACCAAUGCCACUUGAUGUGCUUUGUCCAAGUUAUCUAACCUUGAAUGUUUAUGUGAAGGCUGUUAUGUACAGUGGAUAGGACACAGUUCAUAAAAAAACAAUGGUAAAAAGGUAUGGGGAAAAGGGAGUGACAAUUUGGGAUGGAUGCCAGUCUCCUGUCUAGCAGAGAAGAAUGAGCUACAACAGCCUACUAGGUAAAGCUAUGUGCCUCCUUUUUCAGAAAUACAGUAUUAGGUAAAUCUGGAAGCUAAUCUCAGUAACCAGCAAACUGAAAACAGUUCAUGAGUUAACCACACAAAACUCACAGAGAUCAAACUGGAUUGAAAAUUGUAUCAUGAAUUAGAAAGGUUUCCCCCUCUUUUUCAUUUUAAACACAGACCAUGUGUUCAGAGAUUGACUCUGGUUUUGGCAGAAGGGAAAAAUGGCCUUUUACCUGCUAUAAUAAUCCUUACUAUAGGAUUUAUAUUUCACCACUGAAUACUUCAUUUGGAGCCAACCACAUUUGUCCUGUGGACUAUAAAUUCAGUCAGUGCACUAUAUACAUAUGGGCAUGUGUGUUUAUGUGUAGUUGUAAAUGUGCACACGCACAGACACGCACAUGUAUAUGUAUGUGUGUGUGUGUGUUUGUGUGUUUAUAUAUAUUAAAAUAUAGGUAUACAUAUAUAACUGUAAAUUAAUUAGCAGCAAAUUAAGUUUCAGACCAUCCCUUUUAGUUUGUUUUUGAUCCAUUACAUGUGCUGCAUGAACUGGAACUGAGGAAACAACCUGUCAUCUUUGGUAUUCAUAUGGAGACUUUUUAAAAACACCAACACAUCUGUUUAUUUUAUGGUACUUGAUUCAAUGCCUGAUUAAUCAAUAAAAGGAUCCCUUUGAAAAGAUA